UCUCUCCGUUCCUCUCUUGCCGUGUCUCCCUGUCCCUGCCAGUUUUGCCACCGUCUCUUUCUCUCAGCCCAUCUCCGCCGCUGCCCGAGCUUCUCUGCUGUCUCACCUUCUCGCCGUCUCUUGUUACUGCGGCCGUCAGACUUGAUUCUCCAUCUCUGCUUCCUUCUCUGGCUCGGGCCCCGCGGCGCGGCCCGCAGCCCCUUCCCCAGCUUGCCUUGCUCCCUCUCCUGAGCGGUCCUCUUCUGUGGCUGGCUGUCUCCCUCACCGCUCCGCUCCCUCUUGGUCACCUUGGCUUUAGUCGGUCUGAGCCCCUCUUCGCUUUGGCUUUAGGACCCCCCUCACUUUCCCAUCCUGUAUCUUUUUCCUGUCCCUGUCCUUCCCCCACCCGUUUAAGUACCUGUGUGUGUGCUGGCGCGCCUGGCACUUUUAACAAUGACAGUGAGGGGCUCGGGGGGUGUGUUUGUGGGGGAAGAGAGCGGUGCCCGGGUCUCCGGCUCCUCUCGCCGCUCUCCGCGCCGGGCACAUAGUAGGCGCGGAGCAACUUUGGGCAGGGCGUCACUAACGGCCUUCACCUGUUUCUCCCCUGGCACGGCUCGGCUUCCCAAUGCUCAGGGUAUGCUGCCCUCAAGUUGUCCUGGGAGUUGCAGGGACAGUGAGAAGGGCUAACGCCUCGGCCAUGAGCAGCACCCCCAGACGUCCUGCCUUGGGCACGGGCCCGGGUCCUGGGCCCUUCCGAACACCUGAGCCAGAGGGCUCAGGCCCCCACGCGGGCCCCGGGUGCCCUCCGUUCGCCGAACCCGAAGACCACGAACUGCACCGCACUUUGGGCCUGGAGCGCUUUGAGGAGAUUCUGCAAGAGGCAGGAUCCCGCAGCGGGGACGAGCCGGGCCGGAGCUAUGGGGAGGAAGACUUUGAGUACCAUCGCCAGUCUUCCCACCACAUCCAUCACCCACUCUCUACCCAUCUGCCUCCUGAUGCCCGCCGGAGAAAGAACGCACAGGGUCCGGGCAGAAAGCAGCGCAAACGCCCAGGAGCUUCCCCCACAGGAGAAACCCCCACCAUUGAGGAGGGUGAGGAAGACGAGGAUGAGGUCAGUGAAGUGGAGACUGGUCGCACAGCUCCCCAGCUGUCUCCAAGCUCCACCCCUAGUUCUGUCCAGUUCUUCCUCCAGGAGGAUGAUAGUACCACAGACCGAAAACCUGAGGGACCUGUUCCUUCUCCCCCACCACAACCCUCCCACCAAGAAACGAGCCCCAGAGCCCCCAAAGGGGCCCAGCCUGGGGCUCCGGCAGAAGAGGCAUCCGGAGGUGCCGUGGGGGGCGAGGAUGGGGGAGCCUCAGGGCGGGCUCCUGCCAAGGCCCUACCUGGGCACCGCAGCUACAACCUGCAGGAGCGCCGCAGAAUCGGGAGCAUGACAGGGGCGGAGCAGGCCUUGCUGCCCCGCGUGCCCACGGAUGAGAGUGAGGCCCAAACCUUGGGCACGGCUGACCUGGACCUCAUGAAAAGUCACCGCUUUGAGGAUGUCCCGGGUGUUCGGCGCCACUUAGUGAGGAAGAAUGCCAAGGGGCCUGUGCAGGGCGGCCGGGAGGGGAGAGAGCCCGGCCCCACGCCUCGGACUCGGACCCGGCCUCCCCACCAGCCCCAUGAGGUGUUUGUGGAGCUGAAUGAGCUCUUGCUGGACAAGAACCAGGAGCCUCAGUGGAGAGAGACUGCACGCUGGAUCAAGUUUGAGGAGGAUGUGGAGGAGGAGACUGACAGAUGGGGAAAGCCCCAUGUUGCCUCACUCUCCUUCCGAAGCCUCCUGGAACUUCGGAGAACCCUGGCUCACGGGGCAGUCCUCCUAGACCUGGAUCAGCAGACACUGCCAGGGGUGGCACACCAGGUGGUAGAACAAAUGGUCAUCUCUGACCAGAUCAAGGCUGAGGACCGAGCCAAUGUGCUUCGGGCCCUGCUUCUGAAACACAGCCAUCCAAGUGAUGAGAAAGAUUUCUCCUUUCCCCGGAACAUUUCUGCCGGCUCGUUGGGGUCCCUGCUUGGGCAUCACCAUGGCCAGGGGGCUGAGAGUGACCCCCAUGUCACCGAACCUCUGAUUGGGGGUGUUCCUGAGAUCCGUCUGGAGGUAGAGAGAGAGCGGGAGCUGCCUCCUGCUGCCCCUCCUGCAGGUAUAACUCGGUCCAAGUCCAAACAUGAGCUAAAGCUGCUGGAAAAAAUUCCUGAGAACGCAGAGGCCACUGUGGUGCUCGUAGGCUGUGUAGAGUUCCUGUCGCGCCCCACCAUGGCCUUUGUGAGGUUGCGGGAGGCUGCUGAGCUGGACGCUGUUCUCGAAGUGCCCGUGCCCGUGCGCUUCCUCUUCCUGCUCCUGGGACCUAGCAGUGCCAACAUGGACUACCAUGAGAUCGGCCGCUCCAUCUCCACCCUCAUGUCCGACAAGCAAUUCCAUGAAGCGGCCUACCUGGCAGACGAGAGGGAAGACCUGCUGACGGCCAUCAAUGCCUUCUUGGAUUGCAGUGUGGUGCUACCCCCCUCCGAGGUGCAGGGCGAGGAGCUCCUCCGAUCUGUUGCCCACUUCCAGCGGCAGAUGCUCAAGAAGCGCGAGGAGCAGGGCCGGCUGUUGCCCAUGGGUGCUGGGCUGGAGCCCAAGUCCCCCCAGGACAAGGCGCUCCUACAGAUGGCGGAAGCAGCCGGGGGAGGGGACGAUGAUGAUCCUCUUCGGCGUACGGGCCGGCCCUUCGGAGGGCUGAUCCGGGACGUGCGACGGCGUUAUCCUCACUACCUGAGUGACUUCCGAGACGCGCUGGACCCCCAGUGUUUGGCAGCCAUCAUCUUCAUCUACUUUGCUGCCCUGUCCCCUGCCAUCACCUUUGGGGGGCUACUCGGAGAAAAGACAGAGGAUCUCAUUGGUGUGUCCGAGCUCAUCAUGGCCACAGCUCUCCAGGGGGUGAUCUUCUGCCUGCUGGGCGCCCAGCCUUUGCUCAUCAUUGGCUUUUCUGGGCCCCUGCUGGUCUUUGAGGAAGCCUUCUUCUCGUUUUGCCGUUCCAAUGGCCUGGAAUACCUGGUGGGUCGAGUGUGGAUCGGGUUUUGGCUGGUGCUCCUGGCUCUGUUGAUGGUGGCACUAGAGGGCAGCUUCCUCGUCCGCUUCGUCUCCCGAUUCACCCAGGAGAUCUUUGCUUUCCUCAUCUCCCUCAUUUUCAUUUAUGAGACCUUCUUCAAGCUGAUCAAGAUCUUCCACGAACACCCACUCCAUGGCUGCAUUGUCCCAAAUGGCUCUGAGUCAGCACAAGUAGAGAAUAAAACAUGGACAGAUGUCAUGGUAGUGCUGAGAAAUGACAGUAUGCCUAGUAAAAAGGAGGGCCGGAAAAUGCAAGGUCAGCCCAAUACAGCUCUGCUGUCCCUAGUGCUCAUGGCCGGGACCUUCUUCAUUGCCUUCUUUCUUCGAAAGUUCAAGAACAGCAGAUUCUUCCCUGGAAGGAUCCGAAGAGUGAUUGGAGACUUUGGGGUUCCCAUUGCAAUUCUCAUUAUGGUGCUGGUGGAUUACAGUGUUGAAGACACCUAUACCCAGAAGCUGAGUGUUCCCAGUGGAUUCUCAGUGACAGCUCCUGAAAAACGGGGCUGGGUCAUCCAUCCUCUGGGCAAAAAUGGGGACUUUCCUGUUUGGAUGAUGAUUGCCAGCUUUCUGCCUGCCAUCCUUGUGUUCAUCCUCAUCUUCAUGGAGACUCAGAUCACAACGCUGAUCAUCUCCAAGAAGGAACGCAUGCUGCAGAAAGGCUCUGGCUUUCACCUGGACCUGCUGCUGAUUGUGGCCAUGGGAGGUCUUUGUGCCCUCUUUGGUCUGCCCUGGCUGGCUGCUGCUACUGUCCGCUCUGUCACACAUGCUAAUGCACUUACCGUCAUGAGCAAAGCUGUGGCCCCGGGGGACAAGCCCAAGAUCCAGGAAGUCAAGGAGCAGAGGGUGACAGGGCUCCUGGUGGCUGUGCUUGUGGGCCUCUCCAUGGUGAUUGGGGACCUGCUGCGUCAGAUCCCCCUGGCCGUGCUCUUCGGGAUCUUCCUCUACAUGGGCGUCACCUCCCUAAACGGUAUCCAGUUCUACGAACGGCUGCACCUGCUGCUUAUGCCACCUAAGCACCACCCUGAUGUCACCUACGUCAAGAAGGUUCGGACCCUUCGGAUGCACUUAUUCACAGCCUUGCAGCUCUUGUGCCUGGCCAUCCUCUGGGCUGUCAUGUCCACGGCCGCCUCUCUCGCCUUCCCUUUCAUCCUCAUCCUCACUGUGCCACUCCGGAUGGUGCUGCUCACACGCAUCUUCACAGAGAGAGAGAUGAAAUGCUUGGAUGCUAAUGAGGCGGAGCCAGUGUUCGAUGAGAGGGAGGGCGUGGAUGAGUAUAACGAGAUGCCCAUGCCGGUGUAGGUUGCUGGAUGGAGGGAUGAGACCGAGGGACAGAUGGACAGAGGGACUGGGGGCCUUGGGAGGGGGGGAUGCGUCCUCCUUCAUCCUUCUACCCCUCAUUUUUAUUUAAAUGAAUAAUUUAAAGUGCUUUGGGCCCCCACAUCUCCCCUGGUUCCAUGGUUCACUGGGGGAAGGGGAAGAAUGAAUAAUGAGAGAUCAGGCUCCCAGAAAUCAUCCAUCUGAUUAGCCAAGUCUUUAAUAAGAAACUCAAUACACAGAAAUAUGGUACCUUAUUCACUCUCCCUGGGUGGUAGGUGGUUCCAACUCCCAAAACAGGAAUAUCUCUACUUCAUGGACCAAAGGCAGCCUUUGCAGACUCCAUAUCCACAUCUGGACAGCUGUUAGAGAAGGGACAGGGGCUGAGGUUCAUUGUUUUAGGCAUUAUAUACCUAGUUGUUCAGACAGGAGGAUGGGGGAUUUGGUGGAAUAUAUUUUAUAAGCAAAAAAAGGAUGUGUGAAAAACACUCUCCCUGGGGCAAAAUCUCCACACAUACCCUCCCACUCCCUUACAUAGUACUUUUGUUCCUAAAAAAAGCAAAAUCUGCUUUUCACCCCUGGCUCCUUUUGCCCCAACCCAGUGCCUCAGAAUUCCUUUGCCUGUUCAGUAUAGUCUGGUGGCACCAUCAAACUUCUUCAGGAUCUCCUUUCUGUCAGCAGCUGCUCGUGAGCAUGGAAAAAGGGGGAAAGGAUACUGAGAGUGGAAAGAUUCUUGGUUUCCAGAAACAUGGAUUCAAGUAUUGGCUUUUCCAAUAACUGACCAUGUAAGCUUAAGCAAGUCAUUUUAACGUCUGAGUCUCUUUCCUUUUUGUGUUUUAAAAAAAAAAAAAUUGGACUGCAGGUUUUUUCCAGGCAUAAAAAUCUGGCGUCUGAAAGAAUAAAAUAUGGCGGGCCUAAACAUA